ACAUCUGUUUGCAGAUGCCCCCCCCUCUAGCGGGCAGAGUACAUAAGACACCCGAAAACAUAUCACCCAUACAUAAGCAGCGCCCGUAGCUGUGUGUGUGCUGUGCUGUCUGUGGUUGUCUCGCUUGCACUUGUGCCGCGGCAGAGGCAGCAUAAAAAUGAACACCAGAGAGAGACACGAUCGUGUGGGUUACCAAUGAAGCGAGCCACCAACACAGCCACAAAACGGAAUGAACACCGCUGCGACAGAGGCGACUGAGGCGACUGCGGCCCCGGCCAGGCCUAGGGUUCUUGAAAGCACCCUCGUAGCUCGUAGCUCGUAGCUCGUACCUCGUACUCGUACUCUACGCGCACUCCGAUAUAACCGCUCGCCUGCUCGCUCGAUUGCUCGCCUGCUCGCUCGCUUGCUCGUACGCUGGCUCUUCGUGCGCUCGGAAAUGUCAUUUGUCAAUCACAGUGCGAGCGCAACGGUUGUCCGAGAGAGAGCUGCCAGCCGCUGUUAAUGCCAAAACACUGCUAACACGGCUAACACUGCUAAACAGUUAACACUCACUCGACUCACGACCGACUUGAGAAACUACCAAAUUCCCAGAUUACCCAGAUAACCAGGUUGUGCAAAUUGGGCAAAUCCCCGGGACACCCAAGCGAAUCUGAGCCCCAAUCUGAGUGCCCCCAGCCGAUAAAAGCAAAAGCCAGCAGCCCCGUCCGCGGAGUGUGUCUCAGUGUGCCAAAAGUGAAGUGCUAAAUAACCAAAAAAAAAAGAAAAGAAAAAGAAAAGAAACAGCCGAUUACAACGCAAAGAAAUCAAAGCAAACACAAAUACAAAAAAUACGCAUCAAAUCGUUCAAAUAAUAAUGGAUAACGACGCAGUGCCAAUGUCCAACAUGUCCGUGCCUUGGGCCAGCGCCGCCAGUGUCACCUGCCUUUCCCUCGAUGCCAAAUGCCACAGACCGUGUCCCAGCUCCGGCUCCGGCUCCGGCUCCAGCGCCAGCUCCAGCGGCAGCUGCGACUCUGACUCUGCCAGCACAAAGCUGCGCCACAUUGCGUAUACGCAGCGUUGCAGCAGCAGAUGGACCAUGCUGAUGACCGUGCUGCUGCUGCUGCUGCCGCUGAGCUUUACGCCGGCGCACAGCUGCGGCCCCGGCCGCGGUCUGGGACGUCGCCGGGAGCGCAAUCUCUAUCCGCUGGUGCUCAAGCAAACCAUACCAAAUUUAUCCGAAUACCAGAGUGGCGCCUCCGGACCGCUCGAGGGCGAGAUCAAACGCGACUCACCAAAAUUCAAGGAUCUUGUACCCAACUACAAUCGGGAUAUUCUGUUCCGGGACGAGGAGGGCACCGGCGCCGAUCGCUUGAUGACAAAGCGCUGCAAGGAGAAGCUGAACGUGCUGGCCUACUCCGUGAUGAACGAAUGGCCGGGCGUCCGUCUGCUGGUCACCGAGAGCUGGGACGAGGAUCAUCAGCAUGGCCAGGAGUCGCUGCACUACGAGGGUCGUGCCGUCACCAUUGCCACCUCCGAUCGGGAGCCCUCCAGAUACGGCAUGCUCGCCCGCCUGGCCGUCGAGGCUGGCUUCGAUUGGGUCUCCUAUGUCAGUCGGCGUCACAUCUACUGCUCCGUCAAAUCAGACUCCUCGAUCAGCUCCCAUGUGCAUGGCUGCUUCACGCCCGAGAGCACUGCGCUGCUGGAGAGUGGCGCGACGAAGCCGCUCAGCGAGCUCUCCAUCGGAGACCGCGUCCUGAGCAUGGGCGCCAACGGGCAGCCCGUCUACAGCGAGAUCAUCCUCUUCAUGGACCGCAACCUGGACCAAAUGCAGAACUUCGUCGAGCUGCACACGGACGGCGGUGCGGUGCUCACUGUGACGCCCGCCCAUCUGAUCAGCGUGUGGCAGCCGGAGCGCCAGCAGCUGGACUACGUAUUCGCCGAUCGCGUCGAGGAGCUCGACUAUGUGCUCGUCCGGGAGCCGGGAACGGGCGAGCUGCGUCCCCAGCGGGUCGUUCGGGUGGGCAGUGUGCGGAGCAAGGGCGUGGUGGCCCCACUGACACGCGAGGGCACCAUUGUGGUGAAUUCGGUGGCCGCCUCCUGCUAUGCGGUGAUCGACAGCCAGUCGCUGGCGCACUGGGGCCUGGCCCCCAUGCGCAUCCUCGCCAUGCUGCAGUCGUGGAUGCCCGCCAAGGAGCAGCUGCGCAGCUCGCAGGCGGAGGGCGUGUCGCGGGCCGAGCAGCAGAACGGCAUCCACUGGUAUGCCAAUGCGCUCUACAAGGUGAAGGAUUACGUGCUGCCGAGGAGCUGGCGCCACGACUAACUUGUGAAUUCCGCUGCAAUGCGAUGCGUCCGAUGCGGAAGCGAUAAUUGUAUUAUAUUUUGUAGUUAUGUAUAUGCCUAAUCUAAUGAUUAAUGUAUUUCAAUGUUGAAUAUGAUUAUAAACGAUCGAUCGAUACUAUUUAUUAACCACCCACCCACACACACACACACACACACACACACACACACAUCCACAAAAAGAUCAUAAAAACAGGAGCAAAGAAAAGAGCAAAAAGAAAACAUAAAUCGAAAAUCAAAAUGGAAGUGUCCUUGACUUUUUGUUUUUACCAACAUUCUAGGCUAUAAGUAGACAAUCCUCGGCACAGAUCCAAACAACGAAAAGAUCAAUCAUCAAAACUAAACCCUAACCGUGGACCGUGGACCGUAGGCGACUGUUAUAUUGUAUAUUAUAAUGAAAUUGAAUCGGAUAAUUUAUUGAAGUGCGCCGAAGCGAGUUUAAAUGAAUGGAUUUACACUCGCAUAUAUCGUAUUUGAUUUGUAUAUAGAAGGAAGCAUUAUAGUGACUGAAUAUUUUAUUGUAAUUGUGUAUAUAAUACUUAUAUAGUUAACUCCGUAUUUAUACUUAA